AUUAUUAAGAAUAAAAAAAGGCAUGGAAGAAGAAUUGAAAUAGCAAGGGUGUAUGGCGUGAAGCUAAGGGGUUGUGUCCAACGAAAAUUUAAUUGGAUUAGUUGUUAUUGCCAGAUGAUGGUCAACAAAAUGAAUGGACUUGCAUAAUGGUAAUAUUGGUUUUUAUUUGUAAUUUUCACUAUCCGAAGUGUUUCGUCGUGCACGUACAAGUUUCAGUGAUUUUAAGGACUCUUCUGUCUGUCAUGGUUAUAUUUUUGUGUGUAUCUUUUCGUGUGGGGUUUUAUUUGACAGAUACAAUAUUGGUUUCAUGAAGAAACUUGAUUAUGUUUUUAGCCUAAGUUGUUCUAACUGGCUAGUUAAUAUGCGGUCAAAUUUAUGCUUUCAAUCGUUACUGUUGAUCUAAUUUUCUAAACACUUUUUAGAAAGCGGGAAAUGUGUGAUUUUCAACGUGUAAAUAAUUAUUCAUAAUGUAAUUUACACACAACCUAAUUAACUACAGACUAAAAUGGAAAGCUGUUGUAUAACCAACCUAAAAGAACAAAAGGGAAGCGCGGAGCCGGAGUGAAGGAUGGACGAGUGGAUGCUGAACGACCUGCUGGAGUGCUCAAUAUGCCUGGAGCGGCUGGACACGUCGAGCCGGGUGCUGCCCUGCCAGCACACCUUCUGCAAGAAGUGCCUGGAGGAGAUCGUGAGCACGCGCUGCGAGCUGCGCUGCCCCGAGUGCCGGGUCCUGGUGGACGCCAGGGUGGAGGACCUGCCCCCCAACGUGCUGCUCAUGCGCAUCCUGGAGGGCAUGCGCCACGCCGCGGGCCCCAACCGUCGCCCGGCCGGGCAGUUGGGGGCGCCCCCGGGGGGCCACAUCCCGCCCGGCGUGGUGCAGCACCUCACCGCCGUCGCCCAGCGGUCCCCUCCGCGGGCCCCCGCCGCGGCCAAGCCGCCGGCCCAGCCCUACGCUCGUGCCCUCUACGACUACCAGUCCAGCGAGCCGGGGGAUUUGAACUUCAAGAAGGGAGACGUCAUAAUGCUGCGUAAGAAGAUAGACGCGAACUGGUGCCAGGGCGAAUGUGGGGACAGCCAGGGGGUGUUCCCGCUCACAUAUGUACAGGUUAUAACUCCUUUACCGAGUCAUAUUCCUCAGUGCAAAGCUCUCUACGACUUCCGAAUGACCGACGAUGAAGAAGGCUGCCUAACGUUCAACAAGGGCGAAGUGAUAAACGUGAUCAGGAGAGUGGAUGAGAACUGGGCGGAAGGGAAGCUGGCGGACAAGAUCGGCAUUUUCCCGCUGGCCUUCGUGGAGCUGAAUAGUGUCGCCAGGGCUCUCAUGAAGCUGUCUGUGAACUCGCAGCCGGGCCCGUCGCGGGUGGCCCCGCCGACGCCCACCUCAGAGGAGACGGUCCCGCUGAUCCCCACGGACCACAGCCGCACGGUGUCGCUGUGCCGGCCGCCGCCCGCCCCGGCCUCCGACUCCAGCUCCACCCUGUCGUCGGCCUCGUCCUCCACCACCACGCCUAACACCUCGAGCAGCAACACCUCGUCCAGCUCCAGCACGGCCCCCUCCUCUCCCCAGUCCCCGCCCCCGCCGCGGCCCGCCGACCAGCGCCACGGCUUCGGCCGGCCGCUCUCACACAGACACUCGGCGGAGAUACUCAGUCCGACUGAGGGUGCCCCGGGGGAAGUGCGCGCCUCAGAACCCAGCCCACAAGCACAGGUGGUCGGAGGGGAGGCGCUGCAGCGGCAGAACAGCCAGCGCCACCGUCGCUCGGGCAGCACGGAGCUGCCGGGGCCUCCUCCCCCCCCUCCCCCGCAGGGUUCGCAGCCGUCGCCGGGGGCCUCCGUCAGCCAGCUGCCCACCGCGUACGUCGCGCUGUACCCCUACAAGCCCCAGAAGGCGGACGAGCUGGAGCUGAGGAAGGGCUGCGUGUACGUGGUGACGGAGCGCUGCCAGGACGGCUGGUUCAAGGGCACCAGCAGCCGCACCCAGAAGAGCGGCGUCUUCCCGGGCAACUACGUCGCCCUCGCCAAGACGGCGGCGGGCCUGCAGGCCCAGCUGCACGGCAUGGCGCGCCCCGGCAACGGGAGGGGGCCGUGCGUCGUCCCGCAGCCCAGCGCGCGCGGGGCGCCCUCCGCGACCGCGCCGGUCACCUACACCCGCGGCGGAGGGGGUGGGGCCAAGCAGCCGUCCAUCCCGCUGACCUUCAGCCCUCGCCAGCACACCCUCACGGUGGGCAGCGCGGUGCAGGCGGGCCCUCCGGACCUGCCCCCCCGCUCCUGCAGCCCGGCCGUGCUCCCCCACGGCGGGGGCGGGGUGUCGUCGGCAUCGUGGCACGGCCAGCAGCCGGCCCCCGGGGUAGAGAGCCCCGUGCCGCUGGGGCGCAGCCACAGCGCGGUCAUGGUGCCUCCCGCCGCCGACGCGGCCGUCUCCACCACCAUCACGCCUCCCCCCAACGUGUCCGUGCCCGCCGCCAAGCUCGCCGAGAGGAUGCGGCACGAGGCCAAGGACAAGAAGGAGAAGGUGGGGCUGAUGCGUCGCCUCACCAGCAUGAAGAAGUCCAGGUCCCCUCCGCCGGCCACCUACUCCAUGGACAACCCCGUGUUCGAGGACGGCAGCGUGGUGGUCAGCCCCUCGCACCCCGUGCACGUCAGGUCCGGCUCGUGCCCCAGCCAGCUGCUGCAAGUCCUGCCGGUAGACGCUAGCUCCGCGCACCACCGCGUGUUCGGCUUGUCCGGGUCACAGAGGCUAAAGCACAAAGAGCGCACCAGUAUAGUCACGGCUAACCUGGCCCAGCCUGCAAGGGUUGGCGAAACUACACCGGCCUGCAGUAGCCACCAUCGCAAGUCGAACUCUCUGGAUGCCGACUCCAGUGAUGCCUCCAGGAAAGCUAACAAGCCACAGACUGUGCCGGUGAGAGAAAGGUUCCGCUGCAUAGUGCCUUACCCCCCGAACAGCGAGUACGAGCUGGAGCUGCGCGUCGGCGACAUCAUCCAUGUGCACAAGAAGAGGGACGACGGCUGGUACAAGGGCACGCAGCAGCGCACCGGCCGCACCGGGCUCUUCCCGGCCAGCUUCGUCGAGUGCUUGUGAGGCCGCGGCGCGUGCGUGCUCGAGUCGUGCGUGUGACGCGCCGCCGGCCGUGCGUCGCCGUCUCCCCUCCUCUCUCACGCGUGCAAGUCGCACCUCCUCGAGAUGGACCAGAUGUUUCCAACAACAAGACAGUGGAUUAGUGGAUUCAAUUUUGUUUCGGUGAAAAUCCUUAUAUUCAUAACCCAGUGAGGACGUUUCACAUCAUCUUCCAGUGUUAAUGUCAUCUGGAAUAUUUCUAUUUUAAAAAUACUUAUAUUUUUUUUCUCUUUGAAACUUUUGUCAUUGCACUAUAGUAUCCUGUUUCUUAAAAAACCAAAAGUCUUGAAUAUAUAUAUAAUGUAUAGAAGUCGCGAGCUCCAGGUUGAAUUUUCUGGCCAGUUUCGCGGAAGAAUUGUUCAAUCGCUGGGGUAUCGACGGUGUACGCCCCAGGUGGUCUUCGACCGUACCAGGGCUAACCAGUCCAGUCGUGCCACCACCCCUUCUCCACCCGUCCGGCCCCUUCGCUGGUUCAAAAAUUCCAGGCAGUGCUUACGAGCGCCGCCAGGCGACCUUUGAAGAGAAGCUUUCUUUAUGCUAUUUUUUGUACCCGAUUAACUUUGUAUCAGGCCUACAUUCAGUUUUGAAUUUAAAAUAUGGUUUGAUUAUUAAAAGUUAAAAACCUACUUACUCAAACUUUAUUUCACACUGAUGAUUUUAAAAUGUCAAACGUUCUAAAGGAUAAGAAGUAUCCAUACAUAGGUUAUCCGAAUGCGAGGAACAGUUCAUGAGGCACAUCUAUGUUCCAUUUUUUUUUAGUGUAAGACAAGGACAACUGCAAUUUAUACAAAAGAAAUGUUAAGAAAUUAUCUGUAGGUGGCUGAAUUUUUCAGCUCAACAACACAUUUCUGGUUCCCCAUUUACUUAAUAAAAAAUGUGAAUAAACCACCAAAAAAAAAACUAGUUACUUGAAGACAAGAUGAAAAGCAAUUUAUAACAACAAUUUUAUACAGGUACUGCAUAAAACAAGGGUUCCAACUGCCACGCAAAAAAAUCCGUACGAAGGUGGAUCUACGUCAUGAAUUUUGCUCCUGGGAACACUCUCUACUUGACAGAAAAAUUGAGAGCUAAAGGAAAUUUCAUGUCACUGCACGAAAAAUAGUGUGUACUAGAUUCUUUAAAGAAAAUCUAUUUGUGUUUCAAAUAUUAUCGCAUACGAUCAUAACUUGUAAACUAACCGCCCACCUUGUCAAUAAUCUGCCCCUCCACUCGGCAAAAAGAAACAAAAUCCAUGGAAUGAGAGAGAGAAACAGAAUACAGCCCGUGACCUUGAGUCAAGCGAUCUUAGAGCUCUCUUGCGUGCGAGCUUCAAACCACUAGUACUUUCUUUUUCUAUUGGGGGAGCUUGCAACUGCCUCAUUUUUGGAUCCCAAAAUUGGCAGAAUAAAUCGUAUUCCAUUGCGACUUCUAUACAUUAUAUAUAUUCUGUGGCAACAGCUCAUCUUAACAGUGUAAAAUGAACCUUUGUUACUUGCACCGUCGUACAUUAUAAUAUUAUAUGGACAUGUAUAUAUGCCCCCGUUCCAGUAGCGGAUCAGUUCUCAUUAAAGAUCUUGUUAAAGAUUGGCAUCUUUGGUCUCGUGGCUGCUUCUUUGAAGGAUGUGGGUGGCCGGGUAUUGAUAUACUUUAGCGUCACUGUACGUUCUGAUUACUGUCAACUCGUGUGUAUUUUCCACAAGGUUUUUCUGUUAACCUGCGAAUGAAACUGUUCCCUUUCAUCUACUGUAAACUGUAAGUAUAAAUUAGUACAAUGAAAUAUUUCAGGAUUUGUGUGUUCUGAGUGGGCACAAGUCUUGUUUAAAGUGGCUGGUACGCGCUCAGCCCUUUGGAAGCGAAGUAGCAGCUACCGUCAUCACGUUGGAAGACACUUCUAACAGAUGUACAUCUACCACUGGAUGGCAAUAAUGGCUGUCAGUCUGCAGCUAAUACAAAAGUGUUCAGAAUUAUUUAUUUGCAGUUAAGACUGGUUUUGCAACUAUACUAUCCUGUUCUGCAGAUUUGUAACAAAAUUUUUUUGUGAGUUUAGGUAGUUUAUGAAAGUGGACGUUUUUACGCAGUUUUGUGAGCAAAUCUAAUUUGGAAACUUCUUAGGAAUUAGCCAUCUCUGGUGAUUUUAGAAGGGCAAAUAAUGUCUCUCAAAGAUAAUCUUCUGCAACAAGAGUUUUAUUUUCAAGCUACAAUAAAAAAAAUGAUAAAAUCAAACAGAUGUUCAAAUUCAAGGCCAUGCUUUUGAGAAAGCCAUAUUGCUUGCAAGGAAUGCUUAAAGAACCAGUUCAGCAGCCAAAUUGUACCUCUUUCACACAGGCAGCAAAACUUCGUAGUGCAGUAAAAGUCAAGAUGUGCCUAGGAAGUCAUAAUUGAGUGUUUAUUUGUAAUUGAUUAUUCCCUAUCACUAUCAGUUAUCUUUGGUAGUAAAAUUAUGUCCUCCACAUGUUCAACUUCUUACAUUCACCUCUGAACGUGUGGGAGGUUACUGUGUCUGCAACAAAUUUUUCUGACAUUGAUUUGCCCGUAGAAUUGUGUGCCACUGUGUGUAUCUCUGGAAAGUCUCAUUACUAGCUUUCUCAGUUGGUAACUUGUUCCAACAAAUCUGCCCAAAUGUCCAUUGCAGGUUUAAUGUUUGCAUUCAAGAGUACCAGUGUAUCCAAUUUUUUUGCCUUGAAUAUGACUUAUUUUCAUAGCCCAUAUCUAUGAGGAGAAAAGUUGUUUAUGAUUUAUAUUAGAGCUGUACUGAUUUACAAAAUUUUGCUGAUAUGCCGAUACAACGGUUGCUCAUUCACAGAUUCCGGACCGAUACAGGAUUAAAAAAAUAUAAAUAAAUAAAUAAUUAAUAAAACUUUGGUUUAAAAAAAUUGUAUAAAUUUACUAAAUUACCCUAAAUAACUCAUUCUGAGAAAAGCAUUCAAUGCAAAUGCACAUGUAUUUUAGUUUAUAAACGGAACAUUAUCUCUUUUUUUAACUCAUAUUUUUAGCUUGUUAUCAUUUGUUUGUUGACAACCCUAUAGUUGCUUAUUGAAACAUGAAUUUACUAAUGUAGGCUGAAAAAUUUAAUUAUUUAAUACGUUAAUUCUAUAAAAUAAGAAUAAUAGGUAACUAUUAAAUAUAUUGAUUCACAAAAUAUGAAGUUUAAAAAAAAAUUAAUUAAAAAUGUGCAAAAUUGCGAGACUUUGUACAUGUUUAUAAUUCAAGAAUGGGAAUGCCAGUACCAUCUUAAUGCCUGCGCAGCAAAAAUAUACAGCACAAAACAUUUGGACAGAAACCUUAGUAAUUCUUGCCCUUGGUAAUAUAGGACAACAGUAAAAAUUAUUUAAGUUAUGUGAAGUCCUAUAUUAUUUGGGAUAAUUUUUUUAAAUUUAAUUUUAAAAACUUUAAGUAAGUUAAUCUAAAAAUGUCUCCAUCACAAUAUUACAUUCUUAUUGAACUUUACUGUGCUGAUGAUAUAUUUAAGAUUUAUUAGAUUCUGGAAAGUUAUUAAAACAUACGGUGUUUAAGUUUGCACACGUAGCUAAGAUGAUGCAAGUUCAAAGUAUGUAGUAAGUAGUACAAAUAGUGAAAAGGGUACCGAUGGAUUUUUACGUUAUGACGGGCACUUUCAUUUUUCAAUAAUAUCAGGUUAAAAUUAACACGUGUAUUGUGAAUUCGCAGAAAUGCCGAUUCAACUAAAUUUCAGCAAAAUCGGCUUCUGCCAAUUCGUAUCGACACAGCUCUAGUUUAUAUUAAUUUUCAUGAAUGCCUGUCUCAUUUUACCCUAAUUUGCAAGUACAAAAAAUUGGCUUGGUUGUGUGCUGAGUUAUGUUUCCAAUAUUUUUUGUAACCAGAAACUAAUUUUCAAGCAGUGCAAUAGUAGAAUGUUUUUCAGUUUUAUUUUGAUUAAGAAUUUAUUUAAUUUCCGUAGUCAAUUGCGUGUUGUGUAAAAAGUGAUUUAAAGUGAUUGCAUGUUGUCAUGUUACUGUUUUAUUAAUUAGUUUCAUUUAAUGAAUAUUCAUGUGAUAUUUUUUUAGUAUUUACUUAGCGUAUGGAAUUAAAUAAUGCCAUGUAAAGAAGUUGUGCUGCCAGUAAUUUUGUAUUUGUUUUAACACAAUUAUCUUUUUUUUUAUUUUUUUAUUGUGAUACUAAACAGUCUGAAACAUGUACAUUGUAGCAUGUGAUUUUCUGAUUGUUUACUACUAGUUAUAGUUUUGUAUGUACAUAUAUCAAGAUUCAUAUUUAAAAGAAAUGAUAAUUUACUACUAAUGCUGUUUUACAUAAGUGUAUGUUUCUGACACAAUUUUUUUAAAUUUAAUUUUUAAAAUAACUCAAAAAUGUUACCCAUUUGUGAGCACAGUAGUAUUUUUUUUUAUUAUAAUUUUCAGCCAUAAUAAAAUGAAAUAUUUCAGAGAAGUGCCAGUAGUUUUUUUUUGAUAUCUCAGAGCUGGUGUUGCUGAGGUGGAUAGUACAGUGUUGAUGUCAUUCUUGCCUUAAAAAAAUUUAUUACAUUUCACAUUAAUUUUUUUUUUACAUGAUAGAGUUGUCAAUACAAACACUACAUGAUCACCAUAAAUGAAGUACAUCUAUGCUGUCUUAAAAUUGUAGCUCUCCAAUCCUAGAUUGGCAACGUUUGUGCCUCGAAUAAUCUCGCAAAAAGUCCCAACACAUUCGGUUGCAAAGUGGUCUAAGGACUUCAGUAUCAAUCUGUAUCUACUUAAUAGCAAAGAGAUAAAACUAAUGUGUAAUAUUUGCGUGAAAAAGCUGCAACUAAAAUUUUUUCACUCACACGUGCUUUACGUACUUCAGGCAAUAUUUCUUCUAACAAGUAAAAUAAUUUAGUUCCCAAAAUAUUUCUGUACUGUAAAUUAGUUUUAAUUCUUAGGAUUGAAUGUUAUAAUACAUCACAAAUAUAUAAUCUGCUGUCUUCAGCUGCUAAGCGAUAUGUUUGCAUUUUUUUAACAAAAAAGAAUGACCUGUACCAAACACUACUAUGUGCUAUUUUGAUUAUGUUACCUUAUUGCAAAUUUUAUGGUUUAUAUGUUAUUUUUCAAUCAUUGUAAACUAGACUGCUAACAGUGUAAAACUGAAAUUGAUAACAAUCAUGUACCCAUGUUUGAUAUAUGGUCACAGUUUACCUUUCAGAGUAAUUUAAACGCUUAAAAGUUUUGAUUCUGAAUUUUUGAGCGUUUCAAACUUGAGAUGGAAUCAUUUGCAAAUCUUUUAAUCUUGUGUUGAAUUUUACUGAAGUAGUGUUUAUAUUUGAGUCAAGUAAAAUUUGCUCAGUUACGUAUGCAUAUUCUUUGUGUUUCCCCCCAUCAACCCAGUGGUUAUUUAAACGUGCGCUGUACAGUUGAGAUCCCAACUCAAUGGUGAAGUAACUACUGGUAUGUUAACCACAGUGAUUUUUUUUUGCACCUAAGCAACUUAUAAUUGGUUUAUUUAGCUAGUUGAAAGGGUCAAUUUUGUUUCUUAAAUAAUAUUGAUUUAAUUCUAUCAUUUCAAAUUUAUUUUUUACUGCUCAAGUGAAUAAAUUUUAAUAUAAUUUCAGGGUGUCCAUAUUCUUAAGAAACUUUAGGAAAGUCCUGGAAAUUUCUAUUAAUUUGACUAUUAGGGCAUUUUUUUCUCCAGAUGUUUUAGUGCUUAGUCAUUCUAUAAAAUGGUAUUUGCAAAGGUUCUGUUUGUAAUAAAGCAAAAAGAGAAGUAGGCUGCUGUAGUGAUGGUGGAGGAUUUUUUUUUUAAAUUGCAUAUUAGUAGGUUUAAAUAUUAUUAGUAUUUGUCGAAGAAUUUGAAAUUUUAGACGGUGUAAUUUUUAUUACAACCUUGUGUGAACACACUGAAAUUGUUAAUGCUCUAUUUUUACGCAGUACUUAACCAUAUUUAAUUGUUUACCCAUCUCUUUAAUCCUAAAAUGCAAAUCCCUUUAAUAUUACAGUAUUUCUAUAGUCUAUGGUGACAUCUCUUUUUCCGUAAGCUCUUCCACGGAACUUGCAGUUACCAACUCUCUCGAAUGUUGCCAAUGGCCGAUUGCUAAAGCAAAGUAGAUUACUGCACGGGCCACCAAUAUGGCAGCCGCUAAUUCUAUUGGCAGCAACUAUCGCCACCACUACAGUGAAGGAAUCUUCAGCUGACUUUACGUAGAAUGAGGUCGGCUUUUCAGUUAUGAAUAUUGGAUCAUAACUUCGCGCACUCAUAAAAGACAAGAGGGCUCUGGAAACUGUUCGUCAGUAGGGACAAGAUUAUGUGGUGAAUUGUGAUAAAACCAAAAUAACAGAAAAAUGUGUCCAUACACCACAUAACACCGAAAUUCAAUAAUCUUGAAACUAAUCAAUAUUUUUAAGCAAAACUUAACUCUAAUGACAAAUAUUUAAAUACGGUAUUAAAUUCAAUGAAAGUAAUUUAUUCCGGAUUAUGUUUCUACCACAAUUUAAUAAAAACAGACUGGACAAAGUUUACUUUUUUAAAUCUUGCAAUUGUUAUUACUCAUUUUAACAUUAUGACCUUAGGACAUUUUUCAAACAUAGAUGUACUUAAGGGCGUAUAUUUUAUUAAAGUACAACAUGAAACUGUUUUGGAGAAAUUAGUAUCAUGGAACAUUUAAGUACCAUAUUUUUUCAUUAAUAUGCUCUCUCUUUUAAUAAAGAGAAUUCAUAAAAAAUAAAAACAGUAACACCCAAAAUCUUUUGUGUUAAAAAUAGAAAAAUGAAAUUGGCCUGAAAAAUAAAACCAUCAUCAAUUUUAUGAACAUAAGGGAGAUCAUUUUUAACUCAGUUCCUUGCUUUUGAAUUCUGUUGCGUGGAAAAAGAGGCCAUCUAUGAACAGAAUGUCCAGCAUCAGGGAACAACGUGAAACUGUCAGUGAGUUUUUAAUUUUGGGGCAGGGAAGUAUUCAGGGGAACAUGUCAUGUGUUACAUUAAGAAAUUUACUAAGUCAAAUGAUUAUAUGAAGGAUCUUCCUGCAUCUCUAAUCCAUUAACUGCAUCAUGCUUAUUGAAUUUCGGUUUAGUCUUUGUUGCAAUGCUUGUGUGCAGUGUUUUUUUGAUCUGUGAGGUUGAAUUCCAUCUCGGACUGUGUUGCAAGAAGUGUCACUUUGCGAUAAGUUUCCAGGUGCUCAUUACCAUAUAAACAGUCGCAACAGUGAAUAAUUCUUAGGUACUUUGUUACUGUGGCAGUGUUAGGAAUUUGCGCAAAAAAUUAUAUUGUUUACUUUUUAUGGAAAUAAUAUACGGCAUGUUUCAGUCUGGUAAAAAAUGAUAGACCUGGAAAAUUCUGGUUAUUCUGUUUGUGGAAUAUUUUGACAAAGUAUUUUGUGAUAGAUACAGAAUGCCAACAUUUGGAGAUGUAAGGUGUAUAUACAAGGGUAAAAAAACAGGCUCAAGCUAAGUUUCAUCCUAAAAAUAGCUCUACCCCAUCUUACAUGCAACAGCAGCUUAAGUACCACUGGGUGUGGGAACUCACGCAAAAGUGACAUUAGUAGUCACAAGACGUCUCACAAGCUAGUAGCAUCUUUAAGUUCUUUAAGCUUUAAGUUAAUUCUCAUUUUGCACAUUGUAAAUAUGGUACAUUGUGUUUGCCUGCAUUGGGUUUAAUCUUUCCGUAAAAGAAACUUAAUAGCCAUUUUUAUUUUACAUGUUAAAACAAUAUUAUAUAGAUAGUAUUUUAUAUUUUGAGUUAAUUGUGUACUAACUAGCCUCUAACUUCAGUUAUGAUAGGAUACUGAAUAAUCACGCUAACUACUGCCAUACAGCAGCUAUUUUAGUUGUGUAACUUAUUUGCUACCUGAUUAAUUUAUUUAAGUGCCACCAUCCCGAGUUUUUGCAGCUAACAACUUGUACAAACCAUUUGUUGUUGAAGUAUGCCAAGUGUUCUCAUGUACGUACUACUAAGUUUCUUUUACCAAUUCUGUGGUUUGCCAUGUGUACACAUAGGAAAUUUUUACAUUAAAAAUAAUACUGUACAUUAUAAUUGUAUUGUAUAUGCUGAGCAUAAUUAUUUUUUUAAAUAAUUUGUGUUUUUUAUUUCAAUGUAAUGUUCAGUUGACUUAAAAUAGAGCUGAGCUAAUCACCCAUUUGUCAGUUGUGCUAAUACUGAUUAUUUAUUACCAAUCGUAAAGUUUUUGACGUGACAACGUCUAAUAAAUCGAUGAACGCCAGCUGCACGCACAAAAAAGUGUCCCGUUACGCACAUUGUUCCGUUACGCUGUGUCCUUUUACACUAAUUGUUCCGUUACGCUGUGUUCCGUUACGCUGUCGGCGAGUGCAGUAAUAAUAGGUUAUGUUACAAUUGACUAAAAAAAUUAUGGUGAUUCAUGUAAUUGAUGAUGGAUAUUUGAUUACAGUUUAUUUAUAUGAAAACUUGUUCAUAAUUAUAUUUAAACUUUGAAGCUAAACACCAGUUUUUAAAAUUAAUUACAAGUCAUUUACACGUGAACUGUUUCGUCGACUGUUUAUAAAGUGAAGUGAAAAGUUAAUGUGGUUUUCAUUGCUUAUUACAACAAUUUCGGCAAUAAAGGUUAAUUAUUCUUGCAUUUUAAAAAUCUAAUUACUAGUAUAAUUUCAUGUAUUUAUUCUUUUAUUAUUAAAAUAAAAAUGAUUCAAUUUUAUUCAUAAAAGUAUGCAAUCAUUUCAUCAAUGUUUUGUUAUGAUGUUGUCACGUUAAACUAUCGUCCGUAAACCGACUUUACAGACAACCAAUUUUUUUUUUUUUUUUAAGCUGACUGGCACAUUUCACUUUUCAAAACAUGUGUAUUCAGUCAAUUUGUUUUUAUUUUUUACUUAGAUAUUUUAACUUCUGAUUGACAAUAAUUGUAUCUGUCUGAUGCAAAUAUUCAUUGCAAGAAUGAAAUACCUAAUAAGUGUAAUAAUAAUAAAACAUGAAAUUUUAUAUUUUACAUUUUUGAAGUUGCAUUAUUUUCGAGUUACUACAUAAAUAAAAACAGUUCAAUCAUUAAUGAGUACCUAAAAAUAUUGUUUUUUUUUCAUACAAAAAUGAAGGUGCAUGAUCAUGCUGCAAUGCAGAUAGUUGAGCUAACUUGAGAGAGAGAGAGAAAGAAAAAGAGAGGGGAAAAAUAAUUGCACUAGAUUAAUUUUUUCUUCUUCAUAUCACAUGGUGUGUACAUACCUAAGUACCAAAAAAAUUAAGGAAACUGAAUGAUAGGUCAACCAAGUUACAAAAAAAAAUCCUUAAUUAUUACAGUAAUGGUGCUGGGAGUGUUUAUUUCGACACCUCAGAUCAUCCUAUCGUGUUAAAAUUACUUCUGAGAAGCAUUUGACUUUCUAACCCUGUGAUUUAAAAUAUAUAUAUAUUUUAUUAAUUUUAAUUAAUAUUAUUAAAAAUUUUAUUAAAAGGGAUUCUCUUUGUAGUUGCGCAUAAACAAUUGGAAGUUUUAAAAAACAGCUCUAACUUGUAUUCCGACAAUUUGUCUAUAUAAAUGUCUUCCAACACACAAAGCCAGUAUUUCUGUGCGUCUUAGGCUAGCCAGCAGUAGCCGCUGAUACUCAUCGGAGUAUGCACCCUCUCUCUGUGUUCUGUAGAACAUCUCCAUUCAUGACGUGAUACAGCAACGUUGUUGUAAUUCAGGAUUUUUUCGUAACUUCAUUGACCAGCCAUUCAGUUUCCUUACUUUAUUGGUACUUAAGUACACACCCUGUGAUAUGAAGAAGAAAAAAUUAAUCUAGCGCAAUUAUUCCCCCCCCCCCCCCCUUCUGUUUUUUUAUUUUUAUUUUUUAUCUCGUUAGCAUUGUUUUUCUCGGUGAUGGGCAAGACCUUCUGAAACAUUGCCCAAUUCUCACUGAUUGGUUUACAACAGUCAGCCCAGCUCUAUUUAAAAAUAAAUUUAGUAUUUUUCCAAUGAGAAUAAUGUAGACAUGUAUAUUAUGUAUAGUUAUGGAUUAUUAUUUAUGAAUUUAUGGUAGUGUACAGUCUUUAAAUUUAUAUUUUGAAGGUCUUUUGAAGUGUGUGUCAAUAAGUUUUAGAUUUAAUUUUUGUUAAAAUUGGUGCAUAGUAGUAUUAGUUAUUUAUUUAUUGAUGAAAGGACAGGGCAGACUUUAGUUAUAAAGUUCCCAUUCAUAUUUUUACAGCCCUUGAACACAAAUCUGCUCAAAAAUAAUUGUAAUGUUAAGGAACUUGAAAGACAUCCAUUCACUUGCGUUGUCACAGUUUUUUUUUGCAGCUUCUGAAGGUACGUUUCCCUCAACUUGUCGGCUCAGUGCUUUGUGCCAUUUAGUUGGGUCGCAAGUAAAUUAAACAAGCUUACAAUCCCAGAUUGAAAACUAGGUUUAAGCGUUUCUUCCCAGCAUAUGUUCCACUUAGCAUAGGUACAUAAAAUAAUGGCUCACAUCAAUCUUGUAUGACUUAACAUUCUUUGAAAAUGUAAAUGGUUCCUACAUAUUACCACAAUGAACUUUUAAUAUGCCACCAAGUAGAACUUCUAGUUGGAUGUUGUGUAUGGGAUUAGUGUUCAUGACUGAGCAUGCACCAAGUUUUUCAGUUAAAUUACGGUAAUAUAUUUUCAACAAGUACUUGGCUAGUCCUGGUUAAUAAGUUAUAAUUCCUUUCAAAAAUCUUUUCACAGUACAGUAUUUUACUCAAUGUUUGUAAUGUGAUGGCUUUUCUGUGGACUAGAAGAUAACAGAAUACUUGGGAUUGUAAACUUGCAUGUUGUUUUUUAGUUCUACAAGGAAGAAGUCAAGGUGUAAAAUCUAUAAGUUACACUGAACUGGGAGGUUAUCUACUCUUUGUACUUUCAUCAAAUGUGUCUCUCUUAUCAAAAACAUGUCACGUAAGUGUAGCCUUUAUGUAUAAAUUAUAUUUAGUGUAACCUUAGAAAUUCUUGCUCUAGGUAAUUUAGGACAAGUGUCAAAAAAUAUAUAUUUUGGCACUAGUGUUUAAUACUUUGUACUUUGUUAACUACGUAAUGGUAAUUUAUCUAAAUUAAGUUCUCUCAGAUGUAUGGUGUAAUUAUUGGCAGAAAGCUUCUGGGAUACCAUGUACCCAUAGAGAAGGUUAAGGUAAAAAAAAAAAGCAUAAAGUUUUGUCUUUUGCAGCUCUCAAUAUUAAAAAAUAAAUAUUUUACCGACAUUGUCUCAUACUGCAAUAGAAUCUGUUACCCUUGUCUUAAUAUUGUCAUAGUGUUAGUCACAAGUGUGGCUAACUUGGAAAUUAAGGAUGGAACUAAACACUACUGAAGACCCGAGGCUGUAAAGAAACAGUCCAGGGUUUGACAACAUUCACAAUUUUUUGGAUCAUCAAAAAUUUACUCUUAACAUUUAUUUAUUGCAAAUGUAGUUGUUUUAGUUGUGUGUUAGUUAAUAAAUUAUGACCUCAUGCUCUUGGAGACAUGGUAUAUAGUUGUAAAUCAGUACAUGAUGUGUAUUGUUUUAUGUUUAAUUUCCACUUCAACUUCGUUUUACAAAUUUUCAGAUAAUUUACAGAAUGCUGUUUAUUAAUUUUAAAUCUUUUAGUCAAUUUUAAUUUGUUGGUGGAAGGGGAAUUUCUGUAAAUGCUGUAUUGUAUAUUUAUAAAUUGUUGAUCAAUCGUAAUUUAUUUUGAAACUCGCCACAUUGCAUUGCAACUUGCCUCCAAGUGUGCAUCAUGUAAUGCAAGAAUUUGUGUGCAAUAAUCGGUAUUACUGUAUCAUAUGUAAUGUACAAUUAAUGUAUUUGUAAAUUAUUGUAGGAAAUUUUAUUUAUUGUAAUGAUGUUAGAAAUUUUUUACGAUUUUCCACUGUAUUUUCUAUGUGUAUAAUGAAGGCACAUGAACUUUGUAUAAAUGAUUUUAGUCUGAAUUUGUGCCUCAUGUGUUAAUAUUCAAUGGUCUUUAGUAAACACUUUAAUAAUUGUAAUGCUAUUAUAAAUAUGCCAUUUUAAAGUCAAAUGACUUUAACAUGUAGACUUAUGGAAAACAACAUUCAGAGUGUGUUAUGUACAUAUCAUCCUAUGAACUAUGAUGUCUUUAAACUGUCAUGUAAUAAUCACUGUCCUCUUACAUGUUUUUAAAAUAUAAGCCAGUUUAAUCUAUUUCAGUGUAAUGUUAAGUCAUAUUUAAACAUUUCUAUAUUAAGAAUUGUUUUGACCCAGUUUUUGUGUGUACAGUGUUCGAACAAUAUACUUUAUACUAGAAGAAA